AUGGCAAAGAAUGCGAUCAAACGGCUUCGCACCAUCAGAUACCCUAAUAUUCUCAAAUUUCUUGAUACAACUGAGCAUCAAGGUACUCUGUAUCUUGUUGUUGAACCAGUUGAGCCUCUAAGCAAUACGCUUACAUUGUGGGCACAGGGUAAAGGUCGUGAUGCAUCUAGUUCUGCCUGGAUCGCAUGGGGACUAAGUCAUAUUGCGAGUACUUUGGCGUUUUUUCACCAAAAUAUGCAAGCUAUUCAUGGUAAUGUACAUCCGGGCUCUGUUUUUGUGGCUCCUUCUGGCGAAUGGCUUCUGGGGGGCAUGGAAACUCUUGGCAGUCCUAUCGAGCCAGGAUCCAUCAUUAUGCGCUAUGGUGGUCUUCCACCCCAUGCUAACAAAUAUACACCGCCUGAACUUGCUCGUGCGGGCUGGGGUACUAUUUCUCAGAGCUCAAUCCAUGCGGUUGACAGCUACGGCUUGUGUCUAUUGGCAAUAGAGGCAUACAAUGGUUCACUCCCUUCCAACAUGUCAAAUUUUCCUGCAGGACGUAUUCCAGCAUCACUUUAUACACUUUUAAGGCGCAUGGCGAAUCCGCGUCCAGAGUUACGCCUAUCGCCUGCAGACAUGCUUCAUCUUGGCUCACAGCCGAAUGGAUUUCUUAGCACGAAUGUGCUGGUACAAGCAAACCAAAUUCUCGAGGAUUUUCGUGUCGCGCAUGCUGUGGAAAAAGGCGGUAUUUUAUCGCAAUUGUUAUGUUUUCAAGAGCAGCUAGCGCCUUCUUUUUCUCAAUUCAAGGUUCUGCCUGCGCUGGUUGAGACGUUUCGAUAUAAAAAUGGGUCUAGGGAAGUUGACUUGGAAUUUUCUGCGUCGGCCUUGCUUCCAUUAAUGCUGCGCAUCGGCGAAAAGAUGGAUUCAGUUUCAUGGAAUCAUGUGCUUGGUGAGCCAAUCUUAGGGGCCAUGGGGUCUUCGUUUCAGCCAAUACGCAUGGUUUUGAUCACAGACGUUUGUUACUACGCACACCAACUAGACACGAGGGCUGUGUCUCAUCAGUUAUGGCCUUUGGUGUGGAAGUCGUUCCAGUCAGCCUUGGAUACUCAACGUCAAGCUGCAUUGGAGAGUAUUCGACUGCUGAUUCCUAAGUUCAGUGAGCGCAUUCUCAAUAACGAGCUACUUCGCGAACUCGCAAAAAUGCAAAAGGAUGUGCGUCCUGCUCAUCGAUUGCAGGCCACGAAGCUUUUAUCUGAACUGUCGCCUCGUUUAAACGCAAGAACCAAAGCAGAUGUUCUCAUCCCUGCAUUUGCAUGCAGUCUGAAGGAUGCAUACGAUGAAACUCGGCUGGCAGGUAUCACAGCUUUCCGUGAGAACUCGGACAAUUUUGAUGCCUCAACUUCAGCAUGUCAGUUAAUCCCUGCUCUUUCUCCGUGUCUUGUGGACGCGAAUCUCAAAGUCAGAGAAGCUGCGUCGGAAACCUUGCACUUUUAUCUCGAAAAGAUAACACAAUAUACACAGAGUAUGUCGUCUGUUAAUGUCGAGAUGCCGCAAUCGAUACCUGGCGAUAUGGACCCUCAAACUCUCUUAUCGGGUGAGCGGAUGUCUGAAAAAGAGGGAUCUCGAUCAACAUUCACUUCUUUCUUGUCGGCCACAGCUGGCAGUGCUGCAACGGCUUUGAGCGAAUGGGCCAUCUCUCAGAUCGAAGAAGAUGAUCAGCUUGCAUCUCAAAUGACGCGAAGCCUCGAUGAAACAUCUAAAGCAAAGUCAUUUUCGGCGCAAAGCACACCAGAAAUUUCAACACCGCCUGCUGUGCCCUUUCACUCUAAUAAAGGCAUGUCACUCUCGCCAUCUGUUUCUAAAGUUGAAAAAAUUACUCAAGAAAUAAUGCAGCCAGCGCGGACCUCAACAAAGCCAAUCAUUCCCAAACUACACCAAAGUUCUGCACAACCGCGUGAGGCUUCGCCACUCACACGACCACCUGUGAUGGAUACUUCAGCCUCACGAGAAGUAACGGAUGUACAAGAUCUAUGUCAGGUCCCGCCCAAGCCAAUUUCAGCCGCUGCACCACCUUCACAUGACUUUAAGUCUUCUACAAAGCCAACUAGUGCAGCUGCAUCAAAGCCAGCACCCAAUAUUUAUUCGACAAUACCCGCUUCAAAAUCACUCUCGAAAGAAGAGAAAAUGGCACAGCUAAACAAGCUUCGUGAAGAACGCAGGGCCGUAAGUAUAAGGUUUCUACUAAUAAUUGCAGCGAAUCACCCAACUUAA